AGCGCAGCGCCGGGCCUCGCUCCCUGUGCGUCCUGCGGGGGAGGAGGCGCGGAGAGGCGGCAAGCGCAGCCGGGGAGGUGGGGGCAGAGGCACAGACAGAGGCGCGGAGGCUCCGAGAGAGAAGACGUGGAGGGAGGGACGGAGCCUGGACAGCGGUGGACCCGGGCCGCGCGCGCCAGGCAAAGAGCAGCGCGCAGCAGGCGCCGGGCACCGAGAGGGGAGGCACUGGUGAUCUCUGGCCGUCCAUGCACAGAGCUCCCUCUCCCACAGCGGAACAGCCACCUGGCAGAGGGGAUAACACACGCCGGACCCCGCAACCCAGAUUCAAGGCAAGUGCCCCAGCCAUGGCACUGCCUCGGACACUGGGUGAGCUACAGCUGUAUCGGGUCCUGCAACGCGCCAACCUCCUCUCUUACUACGAGACCUUCAUCCAGCAGGGAGGAGAUGAUGUACAGCAGCUGUGUGAGGCUGGCGAGGAGGAGUUCCUGGAAAUCAUGGCACUCGUGGGCAUGGCCACCAAACCACUCCAUGUCCGACGUCUACAGAAGGCUCUGAGAGAAUGGGCCACCAAUCCAGGGCUCUUCAGCCAACCAGUGCCUGCUGUGCCCGUCUCCAGCAUCCCACUUUUCAAGAUCUCUGAGACAGCUGGUACCCGGAAAGGGAGCAUGAGCAAUGGGCACGGCAGCCCAGGAGAAAAGGCGGGCAGUGCUCGAAGCUUUAGCCCCAAGAGUCCCCUCGAACUUGGAGAGAAGUUGUCGCCACUCCCUGGAGGACCUGGGGCAGGGGAUCCCCGGAUCUGGCCAGGCCAGAGCACUCCAGAAUCUGAUGUUGGAGCAGGGGGAGAAGAGGAGGCCGGGUCUCCCCCUUUCUCCCCACCUGCAGGGGGAGGAGUCUCUGAAGGGCCUGGGGUUGGGGGGGUGGCAGCUGGUGGUGCAGGGGGUGGUCCAGACCGCCUGGAACCAGAGAUGGUGCGAAUGGUGGUGGAGAGUGUGGAGAGGAUCUUCCGGAGUUUCCCCAGGGGUGACACUGGAGAGAUCGCAUCCCUGUUGAAGCUGAAUAAGAAGCUGGCGCGGAGCGUGGGGCACAUCUUUGAGAUGGACGAUCAUGACGCCCAGAAGGAAGAGGAGAUCCGGAAGUACAGCGUCAUCUACGGCCGCCUGGACUCCAAAAGGCGGGAGGGCAAACAGCUUAGCUUGCAUGAGCUGACCAUCAACGAGGCUGCUGCCCAGUUCUGCAUGAGGGACAACACUCUUUUACUGCGAAGGGUAGAACUCUUCUCACUGUCCCGACAAGUAGCCCGAGAGAGCACCUAUCUUUCUUCCUUGAAGGGAUCCAGGCUUCACUCUGAAGAAUUGGGAGGCCCACCACUGAAGAAACUGAAACAAGAGGUUGGAGAACAGAGUCACAAUGAAAUCCAGCAGCCUCCUCCAGGCCCUGAGUCCUAUGCACCCCCAUACCGCCCCAGCCUAGAGGAGGACAGCGCCAGUCUGUCUGGGGAGAGCCUGGAUGGCCACUUGCAGGCUGUGGGGUCGUGCCCAAGGCUGACGCCGCCCCCUGCUGACCUGCCCCUGGCAUUGCCAGCGCAUGGGCUAUGGAGCCGCCACAUCUUGCAGCAGACACUGAUGGAUGAGGGGCUGCGGCUCGCCCGCCUCGUCUCCCAUGAUCGUGUGGGCCGCCUCAGCCCCUGUGUGCCUGCGAAGCCGCCUCUCGCAGAGUUCGAGGAGGGGUUGCUGGACCGCUGCCCUGCCCCGGGACCUCAUCCUGCUCUGGUGGAGGGCCGCAGGAGCAGCGUUAAAGUGGAGGCAGAAGCCAGCCGGCAGUGAAAGUGGGGGAAGUCUCAGACCCAGGACCCAGACUUCUGGCUCACUUAGACCCCCACAUUCUCCAUCCUUGCACUCGCCACUACCCUAGAAGGAUCCUUCUGCUGCCCUCUGCCUCCCAUCCGCCCCAUGGGCACAGGACUAUGGGGCUUCAAGCAAUAACAGGCAGGGGCCUGGCCAGAGGACACAAGGACGGUGCAAGGUGUGCCCUCACCCGGCUUAGGGGCACGGACUUUGCCUCCAGCCUGCUGGGGCUCUCCUUUCUCUCAUACCACACACACACACACACACACACACACACACACACACACACACACAUAUUCUCCAGGUGGCCAGCAGUGGUGUGAGCAGCUGAACUACUUCACUUGGACACGGAGAAAGAACUUCCCCAGGAAGGUCUAGCGACUUACAGUGGAACCUUCACUCUGAGACUGGGGGCUUGGGAAAACUGGGUCUCCCCUCCCCAUCCCCAUUUUUCGUGCUUCUAGUUUGUUUCUUUAAUUUAACAAGUGCUGCAGUUUGCCCACCCGUUCUUAUCUCCCCCCUCCCCGCAGACCUUUCUCUCAGCACUGUGUGGGAGGGUGCCCCGAAGUUCCCUCCACCAGCCCCUUAGAGGCCUGGGUUGGACCCUGGGCCUCCUCAGCCGGCAGGACUGCAGCACCUGUCGAACACUUAGCGUGUCUUUCUUUUCAGAUUGUGUACAGUAGAUUAUUUAUUUUGUUAUUUUGGAAUAAAAUUUAUUUUAUGGCUUAGGA